UUCUGGCCUCAAGCUCGACGACAUCGAAACAUUUCCCGCCUCCGCAAUUCUCGCAGUAGAAACCCAAUUCCUUGCACUCCAGCCCAAACGCUCACGAAGAACCCGUCAGACACCCAACCUCGACCAAAAUGGCACCAAAACACCGCUCCCCGGCCUCCACCACACCCACACCAUCCAGCGCCUCACACUCAUCACCCACCUCCACCACCCCGUCAUCCUCCAAAUCCUCCUCCUCCUCCAAACCAAACACACCAACCCACACCCUCGACGCCCAACAAAUCAUCACCUCGAUAUGGCGCAAAUACCUCUCCCAAACCCCGCAGCGCGUGAAACUGCUCGACGCCUUCAUGGGCUUCCUCGUCGUCGUCGCCGUGCUGCAGUUCAUCUACGUGGUUCUUGUUGGCAACUUUCCCUUCAACGCAUUCCUGUCCGGCUUCUCCGCCACCGUCGGGCAGUUCGUACUCACGGCUAGCUUGCGCAUCCAGACGAACCCGGACAACGGCCGCGAAUUCGCGGACCUGUCGCACGAGCGCGCGUUUGCUGAUUACGUCCUCGGUAGCUUGCUGCUGCAUUUCUUCUGCGUCAAUUUCAUCAAUUGAGGCGAUGGGGGAUCGACGAUGAUUAAGAGAGGGUGGAAUGGGGAGUGUCGUUGGUAUGCGGAUAGAGCAGGCGAAGCUUUUUCAACUUCAUUUUUUUUUAUCUUGGUAUUGGCACUGGUGUAGAAUCAUAGCAGCAGCGAGGGGCGUUUCGGCGCAAAACGACAUUGAAAGUAUUCCCGCCUAGCCGCAUCAAAUCUGGCACGGCGCGCAACUGCAGAAUAUUCUUCGAGUCCUUGCUGAUCACCAGGUCUAGCAACGGGAUAUAUACAAACGUAUAUGUAUUUGAAUUAUUUCAGUCC